UUCCGUAAAAUCUCACCGCCGAGUAGGUAAGAUUAUGUUCACCAUGUUGGAUCAAGUGUUUAUCCUGUUUACCUUGUGAUCAGUUGGAUCAUGUCAGCGGAGCGUCAUCGUGCUGAAGUGUAAAGGACCCGCAGCCCGGCUCCCCGGCCCCCGACACGCCGCGGUAAGCCUUCCUGACACCGACAGGAGGAGGAGGACUUCGAUGUGGAGAUGAAGCUGCCCACUCUGUUAGCUAGCUCCGAGCUGUCAGGUUAAGAAACUCUCGUCUUCAUACGGGCGGCACGCAAAUUUAUUUAUCUUACGUUAAAGAAGAACUUUUUCUCAGAUUGUUAUCACGUCUCUCUGGGCUUGUACUUAUUUAGAGGACAGAGCGAAACAGCCCGAAAACAAAGAUUUCGUCGGCAAAUCAAGUCAUCUAGAAGGAACUAUGAGGGCUUGUGCUCUAAUGUUUUGAGCAAUGGUCACAGCCCCUCUGCUCGGGAUGAUGGGGGUUUCUCUCUAAACAAACAGUUCCAUGUGAGUGGAUGGCGGUGGCUCGGGCCUGUCUGUCUGCUUGCGUCUGCUGUUGUAUUAUCGCCUUAGCCGGGAUACUCCCCCUCUGCACCGGAUCUGCGCCGUUAAUCACGGCUCGGAGAUUACCUCUGUUUACGGAAUAGCUGCCUCGCUCUGCGCGCAAAAAUAGGAAGAGGAGUCCAUUUGGAAUAACAGAUGCAGUUUCCCGGCUGCGUGGACCCCCCUUUAUGGGAGGAUUUGCGGCGCUGGUUCGAAGCCUGUAAAAAACUUUGGCACUUGUUUUAGAUGAAUGUUGUUCCCAUGUGACGGGCUCCAGAUCACACUGCUGUGGAAUCAACACGCUCUACAAUGGGAGACAUCAAAAUCCAACAACUUUAUUUAUUCAAGGGGGCUCAGGUUUAUUUCCACUAAUUAUUUUUGUUUGGUUGUGUCAAGUUUUAUUAUUAUUAUUAUUAUUAUCAUUAUUAUUUUUUUACACUUGACAUUGCUUUAAAUUUUAGCAAAAGUAUCUUUAGUUUCAGAUCACUGAAACACAAGUGAGAAAACUGUGACUGCUUUUUUUUUAAGUUGCAUUAUGAUAAACAUUAUGGCAAACAGUUUUAUUUACAUAUUGUGUGAAGAUUUAAAGUAACUGAUGGUUUGUCAUUUAAAGCCAGAAUCUGUUUUAUUGCGUUUUCAGUGUAAGGGUUCAGUCUGGUAGCCUUCAUCCCCCCUUUUUGGCCCGGUGGAGGUUUUUUUUUUUUUUUUUUUUUUUUUUGCCUUGCUGAAUGGCUCUUUGCAGCACAACUGCCACAAACGUUCCAAAAAUGAUGACUGCUUACAAUGGUGGCUCCUCAGCAGUGGCUGCCCAUCACCAUCACCAGCUGCAGCACCUCCCGCCUCCCCACAUGCACCAUCACCACCACCACCACCAAGCAGGACAGCAUCACUUGCAGCACCCGGGUUCUGCUGCAGCCGUGCGCACGGUGCAGCAGCACACAUCCACUGCUGCGGCUGCAGCGGUGAUGCUCAAUCCUGGCCAGCAGCAGCCCUACUUCCCCUCUCCUGCGCCUGGACAGGCUCCAGGACCUGCUUCAGCUGCAGCUCCAGCCCAGGUUCAAGCUGCUGCUGUCAAGUCUCACCAUCACCACCACCACCACCACCACCACCACCACCAGCAGCAGCAAAACACGCACCACCUUCAGCAGCAGCUGGACAUAGAGCCUGAUCGGCCCAUCGGCUACGGUGCGUUUGGGGUCGUCUGGUCGGUGACGGAUCCCAGAGACGGAAAGCGAGUGGCUCUCAAAAAGAUGCCCAAUGUCUUCCAGAAUCUUGUUUCCUGCAAAAGGGUCUUUCGGGAACUGAAGAUGUUGUGCUUCUUCAAACAUGAAAAUGUACUUUCUGCUUUGGACAUACUGCAGCCUCCACACAUCGACUACUUUGAAGAAAUUUAUGUUGUGACUGAACUUAUGCAAAGUGACCUCCAUAAGAUCAUUGUAUCACCACAGCCUCUGAGCUCAGAUCAUGCCAAAGUUUUUCUGUAUCAGAUUCUUCGGGGACUUAAAUACUUACACUCUGCUGGAAUUCUGCACCGAGAUAUCAAACCUGGCAACCUCCUGGUCAACAGCAACUGUGUGCUCAAGAUCUGUGAUUUUGGGCUCGCCCGUGUGGAGGAGUUGGAUGAGUCCCGGCACAUGACUCAGGAAGUGGUGACGCAGUACUACAGAGCACCAGAGAUCCUUAUGGGCAGCCGGCACUACUCCAACUCCAUCGAUAUUUGGUCUGUGGGCUGCAUCUUUGCAGAGCUGCUGGGUCGGCGUAUCCUCUUCCAAGCUCAAAGUCCCAUUCAGCAGCUGGAUUUAAUCACUGACCUACUGGGGACGCCUUCUAUGGAGGCAAUGAGGACGGCAUGUGAAGGCGCACGGGCGCACAUUCUCAGAGGAACUCAUAAGCAGCCAUCCCUUCCUGUUCUGUACACACUGUCUAGCCAGGCAACCCAUGAAGCAGUUCAUCUGUUAUGCAGGAUGCUGGUGUUUGAUCCAUCUAAGAGGAUUUCUGCCAAGGACGCUUUGGCUCACCCUUACCUAGACGAGGGUCGACUGCGCUACCACACGUGUAUGUGCAAAUGCUGCUACACCACAUCCUCCGGCCGAGUUUACACCAGUGACUUUGAACCAGUCACAAACUCCAAGUUUGAUGAUGGUUUUGAGAAAAACCUGACCUCUGUGAGGCAGGUCAAAGAGAUCAUCCAUCAGUUCAUUUUGGAACAACAGAAGGGGAGUCGGGUGCCGCUCUGCAUUAACCCUCAAUCAGCUGCUUUCAAAAGCUUCAUAAGCUCCACAGUAGCUCAACCCUCUGAAAUGCCUCCGUCUCCGCUUGUGUGGGAAUAGAUGCUGCUGUGCACCAUCGUUUUCCCCAGCUGACGCGUUGGAACCCGAAAGCACCUAAUAAUUACGUAGCAUUUCACUGGAGUGAAGAACUUGCGGCUCUGAUCUAUUCAAGUGGACACAUGGAGAAAACGACUGAUACCUUUUGGAUUUGAAAUCUUGAUGUACAAAUGAAUGGGACAGCAGCUUGAUAGAACAAAUGUUGAAGGUGUACUAAUGUAUUAGUUGCUAAGUAGACGAUAAAAUCUUUAGAAAACAAAGUACAGUUGUUGAUGAUCCUACCCAAUACCUGCAAAGAUGUAUAGGUUUGUUUUUUUUUGCCAGAUGUAAACUACUUGCAUUUAUUGCAAACCAUACACUUUGGCAUAUUCCUGUUAUUACAUCAACCAGCAAUGUUGCAAUGGUUCUUUAGAUCUCAAGUUGCUUCGUAUCCAGACAAUCAACUGUAAAUGUGUCUGUAGAAUGGACAGAUACCCCAAGUUUUACAAAAAAACAUGCUGUUUGAGAGAUGUGAAAAAUGUUUAAACUUUGGUUGUUGGAAGCAUUUGUCUUUUCUUUUCUUUUCUUUUUUCUUUUUCCCUCAUCAAAUGUUUAAUUUACCAAAGAUUAGGAGCCUCGGGCAGGAAUUAUGCAGCAAAGUAAUCAAUGGGCCCUGUGUACAAACAGUACAUGCUUUCUAAAUGGGUGUUUGUCUGCACAGUUUUCACUUUAUGCAAAAAUGUAAAAGGAUAAGCGUACAUUUUAUAGGAGGAUGCUCCUGACGUUCCAAGUGGUUUCAGUUGAAGGAAUUCUAAAGAUUCUGCCAUCGAACCUUCCUUGCAUGAUCACUUCCUUCAGUUUGGAUGUCCCGGUUCUGUUUGGAUGUCCCGGUUCUGAUGGAGCAGUGGUUCCCAGCCUUUCGUCUCCCUCUCAGUCCUUUCACUCUCAACCCCAGUUGCUCCUGCUCUUGCAUGUUAAAACAGAAGUUUCCAUCCACAGCAUAAAAGUGUGAAAGACAGUUAUCACUGAUUCUGAGUAAAUGUACGGGAACUUGUGAAUUUAAAGAAAGUUGCCAAAAAGACUGGCAAUUAAUAAAUGGAAAUAAUUUAUGUAAUUCUAACUGAUCUAACAUGAGAUUUUUGUUCUGAUUUUAAUUGAAAAAGCGAGGAAGAAAUUAUGUGUCUUUUUAAUUGGUUUAUGUAAUUU